AUGAAAUGCGCCUUCCUGUUUUAUGGUAAGCCCUGCAGUGGGAAGGACACCUUCAUAAAUCUACUCCUAACGAAGAGGAGGCAAUUGGAGUUGUUUCUCUACCUCUUUAAUAAUUUGAUUCAUAAAAAUGAGUCCAACGUGCGCUUAAGGGAGAAAAUAUUUUUUAUCCAACUGAUUAAAUAUUACUAUCGGAUUGAAAAGCGGAGGAGGAAGACUUCAAUAUUUUGUGGUCAUGGGGGGGAGACUGACCAGAAGGUGUCUUUCCGCUUUUUGGUCCAACUAACUAGUCAUUUGCUCCACAUUGGGAGGAGCUCUGGAUGGGACCGGGGUGCGGGAUCUAAAGGGGUUAAAAAUGGAAAGACAAAGGAACAACUCCGACGUGGACUUCCCCCAAGAGGAAUUACCCAUCAACUUUAUCCAACCCUGCGCAAAGUAGUCCAAAGGAAACCUCUCAGGAGAACUACGCUAACCAACCAAUCAGACGAUUUCCAUCUAAUUUGCUACUUGUACAGACACAAAGAUGAAUGGAUGUACCAUUAUCAUUCCUACCUACGUAGGAAUAAAAUAAAAACUUUUAACGUAUCUUUAGAUUUCAUAGAAAAGCAGUUAUAUCGUGGACACCUACCCGAAGUAACUUCCCUAAAUCCGUCGAAAAUUGUUCAAAGGAAUCUUCAUCUGUUACUGAACAGAACGUACACCGUUUAUGGGAGGGAGAAACAUUAUCGGGGUGUCUACUACCCUAUCGUAAAAAAAACCACCAUCAAAGGGGGUCACGUUAUGCUGAUUAGGGCUCUCAACCACAAAAAAGAAAAAGGACCGAACAUGACAGAAGCAGUGAACAUAGCAAUGAAACCGACUUCUGCUAACCAAGUUAAGUACUGGAGAAGAGCCAGACGCAUUGCCUACGCCUACUGCGCAUCCUUAAUGCAGAUGCAAAAUCAACGUUGUAGUAGCAGGCAAUGCAGGCGAAAGACCGAGCAUGUUCUUAUCCUGCUGAACGAUACAUUCCACCUGCCUUCAAUGAGGAAGAAAUACUACCUAUUGUGCAGAAAGUACCACUUUAAUUACGCGCAGAUUUACCUGAAGGCGCCCCUGAACAUGUGUUUAGAACGAAAUCGCCGCAGAAAAAAAUUCAAGCCAAUAGAAGACAAAACGAUUGUGCGGAACCACUUUUAUCAACAGAAAUAUGCCGUGCAGUUUAGGAGGGAAAAUCAAACGAUAUCGCCGAACCGGAUUACCGUUGUACGUGGGGGUAGAAAGUGGCAGAAGGAAGUUUUCUCCAUUCAAGUGGAUUCCUCAGCUCAGCAAAAGCUUACAGAUGCACUGCGUCUCAUCUAUAGCCAUUUGGAUGAAUUCAGAAAUCAAGCCAAAGGGAAACAGACUCACAUUGUUCAGGAAAUAAAGCGGGAUAAUCCUCCAAACCGCUUGGAUAUGUUAAACCUCAUGAUUAACAAGAUAAUUCACGAGAAGUUGAAGUCACUCCCGAAUGAACGGAAGAAUCAAUGUGCCAAAAAAUUCCGCGUAAUUAAACUGAGGCUCUUAAAAGAAUGCAGAGAUGGUAAAGAUUAUUCCAUGAAGGACCUCGAUAGUAUGUUUGACGUGGAGUAG